UCUCUCGGCUCGCUCCCCUGUGCAAAGCGUCAUAAAAGGAAGACCUCGCGCACGGGAGGUGCUUUUCGUUUUAUUUUUUCUUUUGCAGAAGAUGGGCAGCAACUGAAAGUCGCGCUCGUUGAACUCACCAUGGAGCCCUCAGUGCCGGUCGUGUUCGUCCAACAGAACCAAAUAGGAGGUUACGACGGAACCGUGAAGGACAUAAGAAGACCCUACCGGAUCAGGCCAGUGACCUGUAUAAUCCGACAUCCUGUUCUCAUAGCGGCCAACCAGAUGUCCAUGGGAAGCCCACAAGGAGGACCUGAGUGCGAGAGCCAAGGUGGUGUGUAUACUUGGGUUCCCAGGUGGUUACCCUAUCCAGACAAUGACCAGGCAAUGUGGCACCGUCCCAUAUCCUCCUCAUCCCUUCCAGGAAAGCAGAUUGGGCUUUCAUGUCCGUGUCAUAGAGAUGGUGCUGGAGGAGCAAUAGUUACACCUCUCUCCGUGCCUUGUGCCUACAGCUUUUGUAAAAUGCAGGGAUCCACCUGUGACUGGGGGAGAGUUGCGUGCAAAUGUGAUCCUUAUGCUGGCAAACAGGCAAAUCAGGCGUACCAUAAAGGAACACUUCAUAAGCUGCUUGAAGUGAAUGGACAAGCAAAGAGAGCGUCUUAUGACUACGACCUAAUAGUCAUUGGAGGGGGUUCAGGUGGACUUGCAGCUUCCAAGGAAGCUGCCAAACUUGGCAGGAAGGUCUUGGUUCUCGAUUUUGUUGUCCCUACUCCUUUGGGAACAAGAUGGGGUCUUGGAGGAACCUGUGUCAAUGUAGGAUGCAUUCCAAAAAAGCUGAUGCACCAGACAGCUUUGCUUGGGCAAGCCAUAAAGGAUGCACCCAAGUUUGGGUGGCAGUUAGAUGAAAAAGCAGUAAAUCACAGCUGGGAUACUAUGACUGAAGCAAUCCAGAAUUACAUUGGCUCGCUAAAUUGGGGCUACAGGGUGUCUCUCCGAGAGAACAGCGUCACGUAUGAGAGUGCUUAUGGAGAAUUUGUCGGGCCGCACAAAAUUAAGGCAACCAAUAACAAAGGCGUAGAGAAAUUCUACACUGCAGAAAAAUUUCUGAUUGCCACUGGAGAGAGGCCCCGUUAUCUGGGCAUCCCAGGAGACAAAGAGUAUUGCAUCACCAGUGAUGAUCUCUUCUCCCUGCCUUAUUGCCCGGGAAAAACAUUGGUGGUCGGAGCUUCCUAUGUCGCCCUUGAGUGUGCAGGAUUCCUUGCGGGUCUUGGUUUAGACGUGACUGUCAUGGUGCGCUCCAUCCUCCUGAGAGGCUUUGAUCAAGAUAUGGCAAACAAAAUAGGAGAGCACAUGGAAGAACAUGGUGUCAAGUUCAUUAGAAAACACGUGCCUAGUAAGAUUGAACAGAUCAAAGAAGGAACUCCUGGAUUACUAAGAGUCACAUCUCAGUCAACAGAGAACUCUGCUGAAACAAUUCAAGGGGAAUACAAUACAGUGCUGCUGGCCAUAGGAAGGGAUUCAUGCACAAGAAAAAUUGGCUUGGAGAAAGUUGGAGUGAAGAUCAAUGAAAAAACAGGAAAAAUCCCUGUCAAUGAUGAGGAGCAAACUAAUGUGCCUUAUAUCUAUGCCAUUGGAGAUGUGCUGGAAGGCAAACUGGAACUGACACCGGUGGCAAUUCAGGCAGGAAGGCUGUUGGUACGGAGGCUUUAUGGUGAAGCAAAGACAAAGUGUGACUAUGUGAAUGUUCCCACCACUGUAUUCACUCCUUUGGAGUAUGGUGCCUGUGGUUACUCAGAAGAAAAAGCUAUAGAGACAUUUGGGAUAGACAAUAUUGAGGUUUACCAUAGCUACUUCUGGCCACUGGAAUGGACAGUCCCAUCCCGGGACAACAACAAAUGCUAUGCAAAGAUCAUCUGCAAUAUUCCAGAGAAGGAGCGCAUUAUUGGUUUCCAUUUGCUUGGUCCGAAUGCUGGAGAAAUAACCCAGGGAUUUGCAGCGGCCCUAAAAUGUGGAAUAACAAAAGAACAAUUAGACAACACGAUAGGAAUUCAUCCAGUCUGUGCAGAGGUAUUCACCACAUUAUCUGUGACGAAGCGUUCAGGUGGGGAUAUCGCUCAGUCUGGAUGCUGAGGUUAAGCUCACCCACUGUUUGCUGUUGCCAAAGACUGGCUUUCAUCACCAUUGCUAACUCCUGAAGGGCAAAGGAAAGCAUCUAGAAACAAACAUCAGCAAACAACGUCCAUUGACAUCCGCUCUCCAACCCAUGAGUGAAGAACGUUGAGAACUGCUUAGUUACCGGUGGUGAUUGAACAAAAGGCAAUGGAUGCGACAGUGGGAUGGUUCCAUUAUCAAGAGGCUGCUUGGCAAGGCAUUAUCCAAGAUGCUUCCAUGAAGUCACAGUCUAAAACCAGCUUUUUCUGGUAGGCAGUGAUGGAAAGAUUGCUGGCACAGCUUGAGACAAACUCUUUUCCCCUCCUGGAAUGAAGGCAUUCCUCAAAGUGACAUCCCCAUUUCCUCAGAUUGUUAUGAAGUAGUCCACAACAUGUAGUAGCACACUUGCAAGCCCUGUUCUAUAGGGGGCAUUGCAUCAUCUCUCUAGACUUGUACAAGUCUAGCCUGUGAAGGAGUGUGUGUGUGUGUGUCCGCGUGUGCAUUAUGCAUAGUUCUAAGAAGCAACUUUCACUUCCCUUUUUUUCUAUCUAGAGCAGCUGAUCAGUGUGGCUCCCCAAAUUCCAUCAAUCAAAGAUUAAAUACGCCAUCACUUUUUUUUAAAGAUGUCAUACAACUAUGAUGCCAGCUGCAUUGUUGAGUCACUCAAGUGAAAUGUUUUCCCUCUUUCCUCAGUACAGCUAAUCCUCUGUGAAUUUGUUUAUAGAUGAGAUUAUUAAAAAUUAUAUUUUGAGAUACUUUAUAAAUCUUUUCCUGAAUUCUGUCCCUGUUAAGUGUUCUCUGUAGUUAAUGAAAACAAAAGUAAAAAUAAAUUUUUGGUGUCCUGGAAA